AUGUCGCUGGCCAUGGACAUGUACGAGAGUCUCGGCAAGAAUGCACCCAAGACCUCGGCUAUCCCUGGAGACGCUUCGAGACCUAUGUCUCCGAGCUCGCCAUUGUGGUCCCUGCAGUCCAUGUGCAUGCCAAGUCCGCCCAUCAUCUAUGCCUUGAUCGAAGUCUACUUUGAGAGGCUGCACUGGUUUAUCUGGAUCUUCCAUAAGCCUUCAUUUCUCCGGCAAGCUCACCUCAUCCUUGCUACUACAUCAUGGAGGCGACGAGAUAAGAGCAAGGUGGUGGUCUUGUUGACAGUUGCUGCGCUUGGUCUCAAAUGUGCUCUGCAAGACACCUCGAGCGAGGGGCAAGAGCUGCUUGCAUCAAUAUCAACAGACCCUGGAGGCAUGGUCAACCAAAUGGUGGCAGAGAUACGGAUUCACUUGCUGGACCUGUUAGACGACAGCUGUAUCGAAACGGUGCAAGUGUGUCUAUUGCUCGGUGCUUACUACAUCUUUCACGGCUCCCCAAGCUUGGCUUGGGCCACGAUUGGGCUCGCCGCGAGGACUUCAUACGCCCUUGCUUUACACUGCGGCGCUGAAACUGGCGAUGAGGUUGUAGACCAGGUCAGGCGCAGAUGUUGGAACCAUCUCACCGUAGCCGAUACGUUUGCCUCACAGAUCUAUGGCCGUCCUGCAUCCAUUGAUGCUGCCUUUUCAGACUUGCUACCUUUGAAGGAGCUUGACGACACUACCAUUGACAUAUCUCAUGAGCCAGAAAUCCAAGACCGAGUCGGCGGCGAGGUAAUAGCCUUGACUUUCCACUGGCUCAAGUACAAGCUAUACAACAUAACAAGAGCCACUCUCUCCAAGUUCCGGCUCCUGCGGCUUCAUACCCCCAUGACUGUGCAAGAGUUGCAGCACCUGAUCGCUGCCGUGCAAGAUAUUGAUGUUCAACUAGAAAGUUGGCGAAGGUCAUUGCCUUCGUUACUUGAUAGUGAGAACAUGUCGGAUGAUUUCCCUGAGGAUGCGUCGCCACGGGUAGAGUCCAGUGGCCAAGGAAUGAGACGCAGUCGUGACUUGCGCAAGGUGAAGUUGCAAGCCUGCCUACUUCAGAUCACCCAUGACGCUGCGACUAUCCUUGCCCAUCGACCAUUACUUGAAUAUAGGGUGUCGUUUGCAUAUCGGCAGAACAUAUCAAAGAGCAUCGCAGAAUCCGUCUCCCGGUCGUUCGACCUAUCUGUCAAGGCUGCUCUCAGAAUUUCCCGAAUUCCCAUCAUGGAAUUCAGGAAUGAAUUCUGCAUGGCUUUCAUAUUCGUCCAUCUCUUUACAGCCGGCGUCAUCCUCUGCAUCCCUCCAACCAGCCACCCAAACAGCAAUACGGCACAAGAAGCCAGAGAAGGUGUGUUUCGCAUCAUCCGGGGUGCAAAAGCACUGCGUCAGCAUAGCCAAAUUGCUCGGCACACUGAAAAGCUACUGAGCGAUCUCUUGAAGCUAAGUCUGCAUCGUGAGGUGGAGCUGUCUUUCAAGGAAAAUAACAAGACAGACGCUCGACCAAGCACGAGGCAGAAUGAGGGCGGAGAUUCAACUUUUGGCGAUAAGCAUCGACUGGCAUCGCCGUCAAGACACGCUAACUUGACUCAAACUGAAGGUAGCUAUGGCGGGGAGCUUCUAACAACAGACCCUGCAGCCGGAUUCGAUAGCGAGAUGCAACUGGGGGAAUCAGAUGUACACUUCAACAAUUUCGACAAUUCGUGGACUGGAUCGUAUCCAAUAUUUGAUAAUCUUGUCGACUCUAAUGGUUCUCAGAUCGAGUCCCUUGACUUGCCGCUUGAUGAAGCGUUUGGUCAAUUUGGUCAAGGUAACACAUUUUACUUCAUUCUGGCCAUACAUUUAUUCAUGUGCAGUGCUAACAAGAGGAAAGUAAUGUUUAAUCUCAUGCCUGAUGAUCCCCUGAACAAUUGGGGUUGGGGAAAAGGGAGUAUAUGA